AAGGCCCUGUCACACUGUUGCGUAUAAUAGGAACGUAUGAGUCGCGUAUAAAGAUCGUUUCAUUCAUUUUUAUACGCACGAAAAAGUCUGUAAAAAUAGGAUAUUUUGCAUAAAAUUAACUUAUUAAACGUAUGAGUAUCGUAUGAGUAGCCUGUCGCUGGCGUAUGCCAGCGUAUGAAUGGCUUACGAGAAGCGUUUGAAAUGCGCAUGUCAAGCAUACCAAUGGCGUUUCACAGGCUUUAAUUGUAUAUAAGCGGCAGUAUUUUCACACGCCUCCAUUCGAGAAAAUGUCAAACCUACAGUGAAAAAAGAAGAAGAAACCAUGGCAAAUACGAAGACAUCAUCUACCCGCGGACGAAGAAAAGGAAAGAGGACUCCAUCAUCAGCCGUUGCCAAAGCUGACGAACAACGUGUUUGUGCACCUGCAGAUGUAGUUGAACCACCUGAUCAUGAUGCACUUAUUCCUGAGACAUCUUUAAAUAAUGCGCGACAUGUUCCUGAGCUCUCAAAAUCUCCAACACAACCUUCCCAAGACUCCCAUAAUUCAUCGGCUUUAUCAUCUGAAACCAUUGAUGACUUCACUUCCUUCCGGCGGGCUGAUAGCAAGGAGAAAAAUAAGAGGAAGAGGGCGAAAAAAAAACCCUACAACCACAGCGCCACAGAAGAGGAGCUGAUGCUGGAGUUUAUCAUGGACAAUCCUUUGCUGUGGAAUGUGAAGAUGACAGAUUAUAGGCGAAAAGACAAGAAAGAGAAGAUCUGGGAAGAGCAAGUACAUCAGAUGAAUAAGACUGUUGACAUCCUCAAGGGCUGGUUCAGAUCGCUGCGCGACACCAAUACGCGCCUUGACAAAAAGAAAAGCGGGGAUACUGCUCCAAACCUGACUAAGAGAGAACAGUGGAUCCUCUCAAAGUUUGCCUUCCUGAAGACUGUCACUCGCCACCGACCGGAGCGCCCAUGCAGAGUGUGAAGGAAACCAUCCAGCUUCACAGAGAAGAUCUCAAUGCUGCCAAGAGCGCCUGCGCUGAUAUGCAAGAUGUCUUAGAUGAAGUCACUCCAAUACCAUCAUCUACCGCUGGAAGGUCCCACAAGCGACCUCAGGACACAGAGAGUGACGUCCUUGAGACUCUACAGAAGAGAGUUGCUGUCUUGCUGAGUCUGGCACCAUCCUCAAAGAUAUCUACAAAGCUAAACAACAGCCCAUUACAGCACGAAGUGUCUUUGCAAAUUAUGUUAAAGAGAGCCUUUUGACUAUGUCCAAGUCCAAGUACAAGAAGGCAAGGUCCUCCAUCAAUAGGUUAUUGUCUGAACUCAAGGAUGAGGACAGCGAUGAUGAAUUUCCAAGUGCAAUGGCGGCUCCAUCUAUCAAAGUGAACCAACAAGGGAUCCCUUCUCAACCACCCCACGAUUUGCACCCCACUACAAA